AUGCUUGAAUCCUCUUCUCCUUAUCCUGAAUACAAUCACAAGCUCCAAAAGGACAAUGUUUUCCUUGACACACCCGAAGUUACUCAACCUAUAUGGCUUGAGCCCAGACGUGGUUCUAUCCCUCGUUGGAUCAAUGGCAUUAUGUAUCGUACAGGCCCUGCCAAGUAUAAAUUGGAUAAUGAUACCGUGAUCACGCAUGCAUUGGAUGGAAUGCCUUUUGCACAUCGAUUCGAAUUUAAGGAUGGCAAGGUGCGAUACAAUUCCCGACAUAUUGCAGCCUCGGUGGAAAAAGCACUUUUGGACAAGAAGCAGGUGCCACUCUUUGUUGGCUAUACCCCAGAGAAAGAUAGCUGGAUGUGGAAGGCACCCAAGAUGCUUGAACCGCCUGCAUCAGAUCCAACAGCAGUGUUAGCUGGAGAAACCAUAUCAGCCGUGUCACCCGUGAUACCUGGUAGUAGUAGCGAAGAAGAUGGCGAUCCUUUGGUGGUUGUAGCACGUUCUUCAGGUGCAUAUCAGCAACACAUUCACUCGGAUACACUAGAGCCAAAGAGAGCCUUCAAGUAUGGUGAGCUUGAUCCAAAGCUGGAAGGCAUGAUGAGCUCGUCACAUGCAAAAGUAGACCCUGUUACUCGAGAAGUUGUCAACUUUAUGGCUCAUCCUGCUACUGGUAUCACGGUCUUUAGUCAUCAAUCAAAAACCAAUACGACCACCAUCCUUGGCACAAUCACCCAUCGCAAGAUACCCAAUGAUCCCGUGCCUAUUGAGCCAUCCUUUAUUCAUUCAUUUUGGCUAUCACCUACGUAUGUUAUUAUUCCUGAGAUCCCUUUACGAUUGAAGAAUGGUGGUAUGGAUGCCAUGGAAACAGGAUCCUUUGCAACGGGUCUUGCUUGGGACCAAGGAUCACCUGCCUACUUGCACAUUGUGAGCCGUGUCGAGAAACAGCAUGUAGCAAGUGUAGAGGUUCGACCUGGAUUUUUCAUGUUUCAUGACGUGAAUGCAUUCGAGGACCAAAGCAACAACGACCUUGUGUUGGAUGCACCCAUUUUUGACGAUGCUGAUAUUUUGAUGCAUACACACAUGUUUGGAUCCAAUGGGAUUCAGAGUACCUCGCUCGUUCAUCAACAAGAAAGUGAAAGCAAAAUGAAUGGCAUGACCUAUCCUCCUCGUCAAGAUACCAUCCCUGUAUGCCGCUUAUGCCGUUUUUGGAUUGACACACGCACGUGGCAGCUCAAGGAGCGCAAGGUCUUGGCUGAUCAAUUUGAGUUUCCUGCUGUAGCACGUCCCAUGCAACCUUAUCGCUUUGCUUGGGGAGCAUCAGGUAUCACUCCCUCUUCAUCAAGUGUAUCAAAAGACAGUAGCACAUUCCCUCAACUGGGACUUGUCAAGGUUGACGUAGAGCAAGGUACCACCACACGCUUUGAUAAACAACACUGGGCAUGUCAAGAGCCCAUUCUUGUAUCCAAACCAGGCUCUGAUCAAGAGGAUGAAGGUGUCUUGUUGACUCAAGUGAACGCUUUUGACGCUAAUGGUGUCGAAAAUCUGUUGGUCAUUAUUGAUGCCAAGACGAUGGAAGAGCUUGCAGUCUGCGUCAUUGGUGAUUUUGCAGCAUCCACUUUACAUGGCUCAUACAUUGAUUUGUCAUCGUAA